AAAACUGUGGAGAUACAGAAAAGAAACUUCAAAUCAUCAGUGGCGUACACAUGAAAGUGUUGGAUUUAUUGCUCAAGGAACAAUGGGGGGUUGAAAUUAAUGUGCCAGCAUCGUUUUUCUGCUAAGAAUACACUCGUUUAGCAAUGGAAUCACCACAGAAGCAAAGGUACAUGUCUUGUCGAAAUCCCAUUGAUGUCAAAUCUGGGAAACGAAUGGUUUUGCCAAACUUGGAUUAGGCUAAAUUGGUGGACGGUAUUGGCGAUACCACAAGGCGAUGCCUCCCCAGGGCGAUGGAGAAUAUAAACCUGUAGCAGUGACUGCGGUGUUACCACCGGUUCCCCCUCGGAGGUUUCGGAGCAGAGAGUCGUCCUCGGGAUCCAAGUGCCGGUUUGGUGGCGGAGAGCGCAAAGUGAAAUGUGUGCUUGUCGGUGACGGGGCAGUGGGGAAGACAAGCUUGAUUGUCAGCUACACAACAAAUGGAUAUCCAACUGAAUAUAUCCCAACUGCUUUUGAUAACUUUGCUGCGGUGGUGGCAGUUGACGGCAAGCCAGUGAAACUGCAGCUUUGUGACACAGCUGGCCAGGAUGAGUUUGACAAGCUGCGUCCGCUCUGCUACACCAACGCCGACAUCUUCCUGCUCUGCUUCAGCGUAGUCAGCCCCUCCUCCUUUCAGAACGUCACAGAGAAAUGGGUGCCGGAGAUCCGCAGGCAUUGCCCGCGUACUCCGGUGGUUCUGGUGGGCACCCAGUCCGACCUGCGGGAGGACGUCAAGGUUCUGAUCGAGCUGGCCAAGUAUAAAGAGAAGCCUGUGGAUCCUCGCGAGGCCCGGCAGUGUGCAGAGGACAUGAGGGCCGUGUCAUACAUGGAGUGCUCCUCGCUCACCCAGAAGAACCUGAAAGAGGUGUUUGACACAGCCAUCGUUGCCAGCAUCCAGCACACUGACUUUCAGCAACAGCAUCUGCUGAAAAAACGAACUCCGGACAAGAUGAAGAAGCUUUCAAAGUCGUGCUGGAAGAAGUACUGUUGUGUGGCUUAGCUUCUGUCCUCAACUGUCACAACAUGGCUGCCAAUUAUAGCCUCUGUGUCGGGGUGUUGAAAGACUUUAGAAUGACAUGACUGGAACAUGAGAAAACGUCUGGAGCGUCUGAGUUUUUCUUGGUUAGACCUCAAUGUCCUUUUUUUCUUGCUUCAUCAUUAUGAGCUGCGGUGGAGAAAUAUCUGAGUGAGGUGUGAUGAGACUACUCAUUGACUUUCCCAUGUAUUAAUUGACCUGGACACACAGCUUCCAAUGGACCGCCGUGAAAGACUAAACCAGGAGGGUUUAUUUAGUUAUAUUUUUAUUUAGUUUUAUUGAGCUAGUUUACCCUCACUUUUCCCAUGGUGAGUUUAUGUAAACUUAUAUUGGUUUAGUAUUUACCAUUGAGUCAACCAUCAGAUUUAUUGUCCUUUUGAUUUAGUUGCCAAUGGUAAAAUAAAAACACUGUGCCAUAAUUAGAAACUGCAAGGAGAUUGUCAUUUUCAUGGUUUUCAUGCAUGUCCUUUCAUUCCAUAUUUGAGUCUUAUUUUGCUUGUUGUCUAGUGUACAGAUCACUCCGAAACACUGAACAACAGUCCUGCUAAUGUUUUCCAGAAAGAAUGUACCACUGGUGAAUGUAAACUGGUGUUUACAUUAAGACAAACAUAUACACAAGGGUUCUGUCUAAACUCUCACACCGGUCACAGUGUAGAUAUGUGCUGGAACUGUACCUGGACCUGUUGACCUUUGGUUCACUUGACCAUAACAUCAGCCAAGAAGUCGUAAAUACACAUCACCAUGGUAGCAGUUAAAGGGCUCCUUAUUGGUUUAAAAUGCAGUUGAGACCACUGUUUUGAUUUGUGUCAGUGGAUGUGUCUGGUGGGGUUAUUUGUUCAGGAUUAUUAUAGUAGUUUAAUUUGUUUCACAUUCAGUGUGUUAACCCAUAUGACUCUUUCAUUUAUCAAUAAUUUUCUGUCCCCAUUUUACCCAUUUGUGUUUUUGACAACUUCUGUUGUUUAGUACAGUUGAGACAGUAAAUCAUGCCAAUUUCAGAAAAUGUGUUGAUAUAUUCAGUCAUUUUAACUUCUUCCAUGCAAGAGAACUCCAUUUUAAAAAUGUACUAAUAAUAUUAGGUUGUUUCAUAAGUUUUGAAAUACAAUGUUAAGCAUUAUAUUAUAGCAAAGAGUGAUAAUUAUUGUUUCCCAAAAAGAAAAUUUCAUCAUAACAUUUCAAUGCAAUAAUAAGCCUAUCAAAGUCUUUACAGCGAUCUUUGAAUUAUAUACAUACUUAUUGUUAUUGAUUGUUUACUGUAUGAAUGUACAUUUAACUUAAAAACAGAGCAAUGUAUAUCGUCUUAGUCCAAGUGAGAGCUACACAUCGACCAGACCUGUGCACUAUAGUGCAUAAUGAUUUGUAUAUGAUUAGUUUGUGUACCGGACAACACUGUUUAAUGUGUUCUCAGCAUCAGUGUUGUUUUCACUUUGUUUUGCCCAUCCUGUUAUUCUACACGGUUUCCAAGAUUCUAUUUUGUGGUAUCGUGUUUGAUUUCAAUUAUGAUAGCGAAUAUAUGAUUUCUUUUGGAAUGGGCCUAAUUACUGUUUUACUGCUCUUUUUGUUCUGAUUAUGUGCAUUGGAAUCAUGAUAAAAGCGGAGCUUUGAUUAGUUACGAGUUAAAUAGAAAAUACAUCGUCAUUAAUAAAACCUUUCCUAUUCUAGGCUACCAGAUUCACAGAAGGUUCAGGCUAUCGGGAAAGGAAUGGGUGAUGUUUUUCUUCCAGAAAAAACAUCACAGGCUGAAAUGUCUGGGCAGAAAAUGACCUGAUAUAGAGAUAAUAGGGGUCUGGCUGUAAAUGAGUCAAUGUUAACUCUUAACUGCCUGUUAACUCUUAAGUACCUUAGCUGUUAUAAAUAUGAAUAUCAAUAUGAUCUAUCCAGUGAUGUCAUAUCUUUCUAAAACUAUAACCAUUGAAAGAGUGUUCUGUCCCGACAAAAGUUAAAAACACUAUCUUGGAAGAACUACCUAAAAACAGUACCUAUAUUGCAUUCAUAUCAUUGAGGCUUGUGUGAUGUCUGGGUCUGCCGAUGUCAGUUCUGGUAAGGGUAGGCCUGUAGGGAUGACGUUAUUUCAAUUUCACAAUUAUAAUUGUCCCCUCUUUUAGUGAAACAGUUUUUGAACCUUGUGAAGUUCUUCCAGUUGCAUUAAGUAAACCUGGGAGGAAACUGUAUAAUUACCAAUAUGCUAAUGCCAAGAUCAACUGGAUGUGUCACUUGUCAGUGUGGGAUGUGCCUCUGAAAGUAAAUUACUGUGGACGUCAGAGAACGGAAAUGUUCAUAUUUUGUUGGAUCCUCUUAGUGGACCAUAGUAACGAUUUUGUAGUUACGAUCAGUGUGAUGUCUAUGAACACGUACACCAUGAAUACAGUACAUUCUUACUUUACGUACUGCCAGCGAUUUGUGUCCUCAUCAUGAAAUACUACUUACACUUUGACAUGCGAAAUGUAGCGAGACGGUUGGCAUUUGUACAUGACUAAAGGGCUUGAAUGGUAUGGGUCUUCGGAUGUGAUACGCGGGUGAGCUGUAAGUGUUAGUGGACAGUGGUGCACACAUCUUUGGACAGGUGGCCAUUUUGGUGGUUAAUAACAGGGGGUUAUUCGUUGAGUGACGUUCAGUUCUACUGUAACGCAGGGGCUGUAAGUUAAGUACAAAUGCGUUUGACAACAAUGUAUUUCUUCAAAUCCUUCUCAGUGCACAUCACAUGGUCUUCUAAACUUCUGUGUUUCCAGGUUGGCUAUGAAGGUUCAAAUAUAUCUAUUCAGGAUUCUGUGGGGAUGUGGCAGUGGUAAAAUUACAGCUCAGUGACCUGAUAGAACCAAUAAAUGUUUGCCUGUAGUUUAAUACCUUUUGAAAAUAAAGAAUAUUUGGAAUGCAUGCAUGUGUUUAUACAUUGGGGGGUGUGGAGAGGGGGGGGUUAAUACUCUGAAACACAUUUAUUUUGUUAUCCCUAUAAUAACCUAGGUAUUACAACUGAACGCUGCUUUGAUUAAACAACUAUGUAUAAUAGUUCAUGUGAUAAUGUAUAAUGUAAUAAUAUUAACUGUACUAAAAUAAUUCAAAUGCAUGUACGUUCUGGUCAACAUUCCAGUUGUGCAAUAAACAGAGCUUCAUUUUAAGGUCA